CCCCCCAAUCGACGCCGAGCAGCAGCAGCGGAGCUCUCCAGCUGAAGCACUCGGUACGAUCGGUGAUUGGAUCGAGAGGGGGAAAUGGCGACGUUCGAGCUGUACCGGAGGUCGACGAUCGGGAUGUGCCUGACGGAGACGCUGGACGAGAUGGUGUCGAACGGCACCCUCAGCCCCGAGCUGGCCAUCCAAGUCCUCGUCCAGUUCGAUAAGUCCAUGACGGAGGCGCUGGAGACCCAGGUCAAGAGCAAGGUGACUAUCAAGGGACAUCUGCAUACGUACCGGUUCUGCGACAACGUGUGGACGUUCAUUCUACAGGACGCUACUUUUAAGAACGAGGACUGCCCGGAAACUGUCGGUCGGGUUAAGAUCGUAGCAUGUGACUCGAAGCUGCUCACUCAGUGAUUUUCGAGUACCAAUUGCGUGUUUGGAUUCCAGAAACUUUAUACUGGCUGGAGACGAGGUGUUUCGCCUCUUUACUGUCUCAAUUCCUUCCGUCCAUGUGUGUAAAUCUCAAUGACUUCUGAGAGUUGUAAUAUUGGUGAUUAAAUGGAUAAGGGAUGUUGAUUGUA